CCGGCCGGCACUCGGCGCUGCAGCGCGCCCGGAGCAGAGCGAAGCCUCGAUCCGCAGCGACCUGCCGCCUCCUGUCCCAUGGGGCCGCCGCGGGGCCGCCUGCCCGGGCUCUGCCUGCUGCUGCUGCUGCAGGCUGGCCGGUGGUUUUGCGAGGAGGUGUCGCAGUGCCAGCCAGGUUUUGGCUCCGAGAGCUACAUCUUCCCUGUCUCCCGGCGGGAUCUGGAGACUGGCCGAGUGCUGGGCAAAGUGAGCUUCGAGAGCUGUGCAGGAAGGAAGCGGACAGCGUACCUGUCGGAUGACACACGCUUCAAAGUGCACACGGACGGAGUUGUCUCAGUCAAACGUCCCCUCCAGCUCCAUGGGCACGAAAAGAGCUUUUUCAUCCAUGCCUGGGACUCUGCCAGCAAGAAGCACUCUGCCAAGGUCACCCUGAAGAGAGAGGGGCACCGGCACCGCCGGCACACGGACUCCCCCGCCAAUGCUCAGGCAGACAUAUUGAUCUUCCCAAAGUCCCGACUCAGCCGGAAGAGGCAGAAGAGGGACUGGGUCAUCCCUCCAAUCAACUGCCCUGAGAAUGAGAGGGGACCCUUCCCCAAGUCGCUGGUUCAGAUCAAAUCCAACAACGGCACCAACAUUUUCUACAGCAUCACGGGGCGGGGCGCAGACGAGCCCCCUGUGGGCGUCUUCAUCAUCGAAAGGGAGACGGGGCAGCUAAAGGUGACGAAGCCGCUGGACAGAGAAGACAUCAGCAACUACACGCUCUUUUCUCACGCUGUGUCUGCGAAUGGGAAGCCUGUGGAGGACCCCAUGGAGAUCAUCAUCACUGUGAGUGACCAGAACGACAACAAACCUCAGUUCACCCAGAGUGUCUUCACAGGUUUCAUAGAAGAAGGAGCCAAGCCAGGUUCCUCCGUGAUGCAAGUGACAGCCACAGAUGCAGACGACAGUGUAAACUCCUACAAUGGGGUCAUUGCUUACCUCAUCCUGCAGCAGAUACCUGAAAAACCCGACCACCAGAUGUUCACCAUCAACUUUGAGAAUGGCAUCAUCAGUGUGAUUGCAGCUGGGCUGGACAGAGAGGUGACCCCCAACUACACGCUGAUUGUCCAGGCUGCCGACUUAAGAGGCGAAGGAUUUACUACCACAGCCACAGCAAUGAUUGAGGUCACAGACACCAACGAUAAUGCUCCAGUGUUCGACCCACUCACGUACCAAGCCACGGUGCCCGAGAACGAAGUGGGGGUGCUGGUUGCCAGGCUGAGUGUGUCGGACAGGGACAAGCAGGGCUCUCCGGCCUGGCAGGCGAAGUACAAGAUUGUGAGAGGGAACGAAGGGGGCUUUUUCACCAUAACCACGGAUCCCAACAACAACAACGGGCUCCUGAAAACUUCCCAGGGCCUGGAUUUUGAGGUGCAAAGACAGUUCAUCCUCAAUGUUAUCGCAAUGAACGACAUUCCCUUCUCCGUGUCUCUCCCAACUUCCACAGCCACCGUUACUGUGAACGUUGAGGAUGUGAACGAAGCCCCAAUCUUUGAUCCACCUAUCAAAAGCGCAGUGGUCUCAGAGGAUUUGCCUGUGGGACAGCAAGUCACCUCCUACGUGGCCCGGGAUCCAGAUAAGAGCCAGACGCAGAAAAUCAGGUACAGCAUGCAGAGCGACCCUGCAGGGUGGCUGGCUAUUGACGCCGAAAAUGGCAUCAUCACAGCCAAACGCCCUCUGGACAGGGAGUCGAGCUACGUAGUCAACAACGUUUACGAGGCCACAGUCCUGGCUGUCGACUCCGGGCAGCCAUUCGCCACGGGCACGGGGACCUUGCUGCUGACCCUCACGGAUGUGAAUGACAAUGGGCCAGUGCCAGAUCCACGGGAAUUUUACAUCUGCAAUCAGAACCCAGUGGUCCAGAUGUUAAAUAUUGUAGACCUGGACCUUCCCCCAAACACCAGCCCCUUCAAGGCGGACCUGCUGCACGGCUCCGGCUCCAACUGGACAGCAACUGUGAACGCUCAGGGAAACAGCCUGGCCUUAAAGCUAACCAAAUACCUGGAGCCAGGAGAAUACAGCAUCUUCCUGCAGCUGGUGGACAACCAGAGUAAAUCCCAGGUGACGACUGUCAAAGCCAGUGUGUGCGACUGUGACGGGGAAGCCAGGAACUGCGAGAGGAGAGCAGCCAUCGCGGGCGGUCUGGGGAUCCCGACCAUCCUGGGGAUUCUCGGAGGAAUCCUUGCCUUGCUGAUCCUGCUGCUGCUGCUGCUGCUCUUCGUGAGGAAGAGGAAGGUGGUGAAGGAGCCCUUGCUUCUCCCCGAGGACGACACUCGAGACAACAUCUAUCACUACGACGAGGAGGGCGGCGGGGAGGAAGACCAGGACUAUGACCUGAGCCAGCUGCACCGCGGCCUGGAUGCUCGUCCUGAGGUCACCCGCAACGAUGUCGUCCCAACUCUCAUGCCAGCCCCGCAGUACCGGCCACGCCCCACCAACCCUGACGAGAUCGGCAACUUCAUCGAUGAGAACCUGAAGGCGGCCGACACUGACCCCACUGCCCCGCCAUACGACUCCCUGCUGGUGUUUGACUACGAGGGCAGCGGCUCCGAGGCAGCCUCGCUCAGCUCCCUCAACUCCUCCGCCUCGGACCAGGACCAGGACUACGACUACCUGAAGGACUGGGGCGGCCGCUUCAGGAAGCUGGCCGACAUGUACGGCGGGGGCGAGGACGAGGAGUAGGUGCCACCAGUGUGUGCGGGCCGCAGCUGUGAGAGAAAUGUCGCUGCGGCCCGUUCGACACACACCAGCAAGGUCUUCCCGAGCAGGCUGGAUGGCUGAAAUUCCCUUUCCUUAGCAGACAACAGCACUACGUGAAUCUGUCCUCCUCGCAGAACCUGGCUCAGUUUCUUCAGCCCCUGUUGUUCAGCCGUGGAUAGCCAGGGCUUUCCAGGUUAAUGGGGGUGGGGGGAUUCUGUGUCGGUCAACUAAGGGCCUUGGUGGCAGCCUGCCCAGAGUGUGAGGCUUCUGCCCAGAACACGCUGCACUUUGACGGCUUCACUGUAGGGGCUGCAGGUCUCGGCGUGCUCAAGGCAGAGCAACGCACGCUGGGAUCUACAGCCUCCACAGACUGACUGGUUCUAGGAGAGGGCAGACGUGCCCCACCCUUUAGUUACCACAGUUUUGUUUCCUCUCGUGCGGCUGGGGAGCUCCUGGCUGCUGUUACUUCCCCCAGAUGGCCAGCCACAGCCACUUCCACUUCCCUGUGCCCACGUUGGUGAGUACUCACAGCCACCUGCUAAAUGGCCUAGUCUUGCCUCUUUGCAGCACACUGGGCAAGGGGUGCCCGGAGAACGCACUCACACCAGUCUGGUGCUGUGUAGCAAUGUCUUCACCUGCCAUGCUGCAGGCCUCCCAGGACAGGGGCCUGCUAACUUCUGGGGCUCCUCUCCUCCAGCGGUAUCAUUAAAAGGUAACCAUUUCCCCAGUGCUCUCAGAAUACCUCAUUCCAAAUUCAGGAAGCCUAGCGGGAAACUCCCCUCCACCAGCAGAUGGGAUUUGUUCACUUUUUAAUGCCACCCAUUGUGUGGUUCGGUGCUGAGUGUGCCCAUGGAGUAGGCGUGUUCUCCAAAGGAGAUGCUGAAGAGCAAGCGUGAAGUAGCCUCUUUCUCAGUAACUGUGGAGACCAGCUACCGCUGGGCCAGUCUGGAACACAGCCAGAUUGCGAGGGACUUUGCCAGAGAUAUUUUUAUUGAAUUUUCAGAUGCCCCUUAUUUUUAAUAUUAUUGUUACCCUUAACCAAGAGCUGCACUUUGAUACGUUUAGCGCUGUGCCAACCCAAAGACCAAAGAUGAUGGUAACCCGUUUACUAAGCAAUCACAGGCACAGGAGAUAUGGGGGAGAGCCCCCAGGAAAUCCUCAGGGAACGGACAGUAGAUUCACACCCUUUCCUGGAGAACCCCAGACUCACCUUUGUGUGCUGGUUUUAAUGAACCCAGCUUGUCCCUGUCCAAGCGUUCAUAUGCUUGGAACCUGAUGAUAAUUUGUCUCUGUGUGCUGCAGUAGUGACUUUCCAUUGCCCUAGAGUUCAGUGUUCUUCCCCACCCCUACACUUUGCCAUGCACUCCUUACCCCUCCAAAAACCUGGAUUAUAAACCAACUCUUAAGUAAAGCGCUCCUGAGUCCCUCCUCUCGCCUGUGCGGCUAAGGGCUGUAGUCUGUCCUCUGCUGACUGAAGGUGUGACUCUGAAGAAGUGUGUCACGUGAUAUUCAUGCCUAGUACACUUGGGGCUCUGUAUAAAUAAAUGCAACAUCUAAAACCUGACUGUCAGCCCAGUUUGAUGCUAUAUUUUUGUAUAAAGUUGUUCAUUCAUAUUUCUGAAUAGGGGAGAGAGGAUCUAUAAAAUUACCAGCCAAUACCAUGCCAUGUUCUUUUCACGUAGUAUUUAGCAGAACGUCUUAUUUGAUUUAAUAGCUAUAGGCCAAUUUAUAUUUUUCCAUAAUGUCAGAUUGUGGCUACUUCCUUCAUUGUGUUGUCUAAUCUCUAGUGUGUGCAGUGUAAUUACUGUGCAAUGGAGCUUUUAGAAAAAGGAAAUGGCUUUAUUUGGUUUCUAAACUGUGUAUUUGGCUGCCUUAAUACUUUGUACCUUUCUGUGACGGGGAAUGGUGGGACACAAAGGAAGCUCAGAGAACAGCAAUAGCUUCGUUUUAAUCUGAGUACAUUUUUAUAACAUUUUAAUACAUUUGUUUUAAAAAAAUACUUUUCUCUUUUAAUGUCAAGGCUAAAAGUCUCCGAACCGGUUUUGCUGCCCGUAGCUCAUUGUGAAUACUCUGUAGAACACUGGUUCUCAAACUUUUUUUUUCCGCGAACCACUUGAAAAUUGCUGAGGGUCUCGGCAGCCCACUUAAUGAUCUUUCCAAAUGUUGUUUGUACCAUAGGUAACUAUUGUAAAG